UGAUGAAAAAAUGUCCACCUGCUAAAGACUGUAAAAAGAAUCAAUUUAAAUGUGAUAAUCGUAAAUGUAUUGAUAGAGUUUCAUUUUGUGAUGGAGUCGCAGAUUGUUGGGAUAGAUCAGAUGAAAAGAAUUGUGGUCAAACUAAAUGUGCACAAAAUCAAUUUGAUUGUGGUGACCAAUGUAUUCCAAUUCGAUGGAAAUGUGAUAAUAAGUAUGAUUGUCUCAAUGAAUCUGAUGAAUGGAAUUGUAACCAAAACAUGUAUAAAUCGAGACGAGGCGAUUCUAGACUUAAAUGGGUUGAUGGUCUAUUCCCAUGUAAUGAUAAUUCGGGAUAUGUAUCAACCGAUUUCCUUUGUGACGGAUACUCCAACUGCAAAGAUCAAUCUGACGAGAAAAAUUGUCCAUCUCAGAUAUCGAAAGUAAUUUGUUAUCUGAUUGUAUGGAUCAUUGUCCAUUUAUGUCUACUGAUCGAUUAUCAACCAUCGAUUACCUGAAUAGCAAACCAGAAAAUGGAUCUUUAAUGGAAAAGAAAUGUUCGGCCUGUAAAAUGCUUUUCACAACAAGAUCGUUAACUUGUGACUGGAUCUUCGAUUGUAGUAAACGAUCAGGGGGACAGUUUUGUUAUCAAUGUUCUAAGAAUACAUUUUAGUGUGAUGAUGGAAUUCGUAUUCCAAAAAGAUGGGAAUGUGAUCGAAUUGUCGAUUGUCUUCACCAUGAAGACGAAAGGUAUUGUAAGUUUAAAGAUUGUACUGAAAAUGAAUUUCGAUGUGCAAAUGAUCGGUGAAUAAACAAAACACUAUAUUGUAAUGGAAUAGACGAUUGUGGUGAUCGAUCAGACGAGAAGACCUGUUCAAAACUGACUGAUUCCAACAAUUUCGACUGUCAACGUUUAUUUAUCUCGAGUAACUGGCACUGUGAUGGUGUUGUCGAUUGUUACAAUGGUCUUGAUGAGAAAAACUGUCCACCUGCUAAAAACUGUAC